AUGGAUAAUGUCGUCGGGAACGUGACGUCAUGGUUUCGCAGGGCUGUAGCCGGCGGUUCCGACGAGCCUAAUCGCAGCAGCAGCUCGACGCAGUCUCUACACCAAGGGGUACGCUUCCCCAUUAGAGGAGGCCAGGGUGUUGACAGGACACCAGCAGCAGCAGCAGCAGCAGCUGCGGCAGCAGCGCAACGAGAAGCCAUGAAUCGUCACUGGUCAGCCACAGCAGCAGCAAGAGCAGGAACUGGAGCAGGAGCAGGAGGAGCAGCAGCUGGUGCAGACCGUUCGAGGCAUGUGGGCAUAGGUGGAGCGGGACAAGGCAGCGCAGGGCCAGGCGGAGUGGGGCGAGGUGGGGGUGGAGGUGGUGGGGGGGCGCCAGACACGAGCAACGAUGAGGAGAUAGCGCGGUUGCUGCAGCAGGAGCUGAGCCUUGAGGAGGUGAGGCUGGGGGAGGUGAGGCUGGGGGAGGUGAGGCUGGGGGAGGUGAGGCUGGGGGAGGUGAGGCUGGGGGAGGUGAGGCUGGGGGAGGGCGGGCUCGCGCAUUCGCCUGCAGCACCUCCUGCUGGCAGCAACAACAGCAGCAGCACCGCGCGCAGCGGUGGGGUGGGCGGCGCGGGAGCAGGGAGGGUGGUGGGGGGAGGGCAGCAGCACCCUGUGUGGUCGGCGCUGGUGCCGCCCGUGUGUGCGGGGUGCGGUGCACCGCUGGGCUUCUCCCCUGCUCUCUCAUCCAUGGGGGGGUUGUGGCACCCGCACUGCUUCACUUGCCAGGCGUGCAAGCAAACCAUCUCAGAGAAACAAUUCAACAUCAAGGACGGCAAGCCCUACCAUGCAGCAUGCCACCGACAGCUCUUCCACCCCAAGUGUGCCGUCUGCCAGGACUUUAUCCGCCCCAACCCAGCAGGCAUGAUCAACUUCCGCUCGCACCCCUUCUGGGGCGACAAGUGGUGCCCCGCCCACAUGACAGACAGCACGCCCUCCUGCACCUCCUGCUCCCGCCUGCAGCAGUCUCGCGGUUCCCCGCCAUUUAUUGACCUGCCAGACGGGCGGCAUCUCUGCCUUGACUGCGUUGACUCCGCCGUGCUAGACUCCGCAGACUGCCGCCCGCUUUUUUCGUCUGUUAGCGCCUUCUUUGCUCAGCUGGGGAUGGCAGUGAGGCAGCACAUUCCAGUGCUGGCAGUGGAGCAGCAGGCGCUGAACGAUGCUCAGAGGGCUGAAAGAGAGGGCCUCGAGCAUGGGUCGCUCACGAGAGGUCUCUGCCUGUCAGAGGAGCAGACCAUUCAGAUGGUGGUGCGGCUGCCCGGCUCGCUCACCCACGCCUCCUCCUUCUCGGCAGUGGGGCAGCAGACCAUGACAGUGUCCCGCCACUGCGCUGUCACCGCCAUCCUCGUGCUCUAUGGGCUGCCCAGAGUGUUGACGGCGUCUAUCCUCGCACACGAGCUCAUGCACGCAUGGUUCAAGCUCGACGGGGGCUUCCGCCAUCUGCCUCCAGAGCUAGAGGAGGGUAUGUGCCAGGUCAUGGCGUAUCUAUGGCUGCAAACCCAAGCCCCUCCAACCCCACAUGCCCCAUCGCAAGCCCCGUCCCCACAAGCUCCAUCACAACAAGCCUCCUCCGCUGCUCCUCUGGCUCACGAGGCGCACAGCAGCUUCCAGCAGCGCUUUGCAGCGUUCUGCCUGCACUCCAUUGCCACUGAUGCUUCCCCCGUGUACGGCGACGGGUUCCGUGCCGCCCAUGCUGCUGUGCUCAAGCACGGGCUGCUGCCUACUCUCGAGCACAUUCGCGCAUACAGAACACUGCCCAGAGCAUAG